UAUUAAAACGGAAAAAAUCAAAUGAUUCCAAAAAUCCAUAGAUGAUCAACAUUUCUCUCGUUGCAAAUUGAUUUGCCUCGAUAAAUAUGUUUUUACCACCUAGGCUAUAAAACGCGCCCUCGAUGCUUCAAUUUCAAUGGCAUAAAGCCCAAAACCCUCGACUUCUACUCGUCUAUGUCUCGUUUCAGACCUCUUCACUCUCGAAUCGAUUCCCUUUUCAAUCUUCGAAACCGCCUCUUCAGUUCACAGUCCACAAAUUCCCACCAAUUUCACCUUCUUCCUUCUACUUCUCCGACUCCCUCCCUGAAAAUCGAAGAGAGGAUCGGACCAGAAAUUAUCCCCGGUAAGAAGAAUACACCUCCGGAGUUUCUGUGUAGCGAAGCCGCGAAUUCGAACGGAAGUGUGCAAUCUCGCAAGGGGGAAAGUAGGAAUGAAGACAUUGUGCUGAAAGGGAAAGUGGGUUCGAAAGGAAGCGAGAAAUUGACGAGGAAGGAUGCUUUGCUCCGUAAAGAGCUUUCUCCGGACAUGGAGAUGUUUGUGAGACAUUUGUACAGGGAAGGGUAUUUUAAUUAUGCUAAUUUCUUGCCUGAUAACAAACUGGUUCUUAGUAACUUUGAGUGUCGUCAUGGACGGGAUUUUAUCAAGUCUGCAGCUCAGCGGUUUGGCAGAGACAAUCAAGAAAUUGCAAAAUGGUUGUCUGGCAGUGACUUGAGAAAGGUUGCCUUCUUUGGAUGCCCAUCCACUGCAAGAGAAGAUGUUUUUGCGGCUAAAAGACUGCGGAAAUUUUUUAGAAUCCAAGAAGAUACAGUCUGUCACAAAUGCAUCUUGAGACAAUCGUGCAAGUAUGUGAAUCAAGGUGUUUGGAAUGGGGACACCAAGAAUUUGAAUUUAGCAGCCGUUUUGCAGGUAAUAACUCAAUACGCCUUGGAAGCUAUACCGAAACAACUUAUAAUACCUGAAGAUAUGAAGGCUUCUCUGAGCCGAUUGCUGAAAGAGAUACUGAAACUGAGCCCAACCGUGUCGAGGAACUAGUUUUCAUUGGCAACAGUACAAGUUCUUCAGCAGAAGCAAAAAUUCUUCCUUCCCCAGAUUAUCCAGGAAAAUCUGGUUUGCUCUAACUUGUGGUGUUGAACUAUCUGCACAUCCAGCUUGUUCAUAACUGAAAGGGGAGUUUGUGAGCAGUAAAGUUAAGGCUGUUUCUUUGAUUGAUAAUUGAUAUUCAUGAUUUUGAGUGCCUCAUCUUGCUGACAUGGAUAAUUGGAUAUAGAAACUGAGAAUUCAGGUUCGAUUAUUAUGUGCCUAAACAGUUGGGUCUUGGAUUCUUACAAUCUUCUCACAUUUUUGGAAAAUUAUUGGUUAAAAUACUUAUUUAUGUA